UUAUUUGUUUUAUUUUUUUAUAUAUCUAGGGUAUUAGUGUCCUUUUACCUAUUAAAUAAAAUAUUUUGGUCAUUUUCCUCCUUGUGGUCUAUUUUUGAGACCAAAACUUGAAAAUUAUCUAUUUAUGAGAAUUGCCCAUUUGAAAAAGUAAAAUUCGAAAACAUUAAUUUUUUAUUUAAAUAAUUAUUUAUUAUAUAUAUGUAUAUAUAUAGAAUAAUGGUAUCAGAGUCUUUUGCAUUUUAAUGAAAAAUGUAUUUUUAAAAAUUUCUCCUUAAUAGUGGUAAACAUGAAUAAUUGUACCAAAAAAAAUAGUAAAAAUGAAAAUUUCCCAUAAAUAAUAGUUUCUUUAUUAAAAAAAGAAGAAUUCAAUACUAUUAACUUAAUAUUGUAUGCAUAAAUAUCCAAUAUAAUGGCCUUGAGACACAAGUCGGUAUGAGGUAAAUAUGGAAUUUUUUAUUUAAGAUGCAAAAUAUCAGACCAACUAUCUACGAUAUUUCGUAUUAUAUUUAAGAUGCAUAUACAUGAACAACUAUCUGAUUUCGAUAGCGAGGAUUUUCAUUGUAGUAGAAGAAACACGUUUGCAAACUAUCUACUAUUUAGUAAUUUUAAUUAAUGGUGUUCAAUUUGGUAAAAACAGGACCAACUAAAACCCAACCAAAUCUAAAUAGAAAAAUUAGUUUGAUUUGAUAACAUCGUAUAAACCGAAUAGAUAUUAUUUUUAGAUACCGUGGUAUAUAGAUAGAGUUCAGUUUAUAAACCGAUUAAUUUAAAUAUAGUAGUAUAGUUUUAUGUAAAUUACAUAAUAUACUAAUAUACAUGUAGUUUAUUUUAUUUAUAUGAUCUUGAUAUUUAAGACAUUAAUUUGAAUAAUUCACAUAUAUUUGUCUUAAAUUUAGUAUAUUAUUAAUCAUUUUCUUUUCUUCUUAUAAAUCUGUAAUAACUAUAAUUUAUUUAACAGUUAUUUUUAAUAGUUAAAUAUAAUAGAAAAACAUUUUAUUUAAAAAUUAGAGUAGUAUUUAAUAAAUUUUAUUUUUAAUCAGACAAAAUUAAAUUGAAAAAAUGUAAUAGAAGAUAAAUAUAGUUUAAUUUUUUGGCAUAAAAUUGAAUAAACCAAAAACCGAUAGUAUAUAAAACAAACCGAACCAAAAUAAAUAUGAUUUUUAUAUGGAAUCUAAUUUUUAUAAACCAAAAAAACAAAAAACCAAACUAAGACUAGACUAAAAGUGAGCAAACCAAAAUAAGAUAGUAUAUACACUGAACCAAACCAAAACAUAUAUGAUUUUAAUAUGAUAUCUAAUUUUUAUAAACCAAAAUAUCGAAAAACUGAGCCGAGACCAGACCAAAAUUCAAAUUAAACAAUCUUACUUCGAAGAUAUGAUUUUUAUGUAUAUCUCUAUUCCCUCAUCCUAGCAAAGAUUUAAGUAGAGCUGGGUUGCGGGUCAAACCCGCCCCGCUGACCCGCCAACCCGCGGGUAAACUGAUUUUUUUUACUCAAAAAAUUUGACCCGCUUGACCCGCAAGAAGAAAAUAUGAAAUCCGCACCCGCCCCGCUAAAACCCGCGGGUGAUCCGCUAGACCCGCGGAUAAUAUUAAUAAUAUUAACAAUUAUUAAUUUAAAUAUUUUUUAUUAAAAUAACAAUAAAAUUUAAUAUUUUAAAUAUUUUUUAUUAAAAAUAACAAUAAAAUUUAAUAUUUUAAAUAUUUUUUAUUAAAAAUAAUAAAUAUUAAUCUAUUUAUAAUUAAAAUUAAAUUAUUUUUUAAAAAUUUUCUAUUUAAAAAUAAUAUUUUUAAAAAAAAUCUUUUUUUUUUAGUUUUUGCGGGUUGGCGGGUAUCCGCGCUGAAUUUUGGCUGACCCGCACCCGCCCCGCAUAAAAAUCACUCAACCCGCAUCCGCACCCGUGAACCAAAUUUUUCAAAUCACUCGACCCGCACCCGCCCCGCAGCGGGUCAAAUAGGGCAGGGCCCGCGGAUAAUGAUUCAUAUUCCCAGCACUAGAUUUAAGGGGAAUUUUCACUUAUACCACUUUGGUGAUAUCAUUAUUCAUGUUUACUACCAACAAAGAAAUAUUUUCAAAAAUACAUUUUUCAUUAAAUUGUAAAAGACUCUUAUAUAAUUGCUCUUUACAUAUAUAACAAAUAAAUAUUUAAAUAAAUAAUAAAUCUAAAAAAAAUAAAAAAUAACUUUUUAAAUUUUUCUCGAAUUAUACUAUUUCGAAAUUCGAAUCCUAAACCAUCAAUUCUGAAUCUUUUUUUUUUCUUUGAAAUACAAACCCUAAACCCUAAAACCUCAACUCUAAACCCUAAAAAGUAAACUCCAAACCCUAAAAUUUCAACUCUAAACCCUAAACCCUAAACCUUCAACUCUAAACCCUAAAUUAUCAGCUCUAAACCCUAAACCCUAAAUUCUACUCUAACCCCUAAACCAUCGACACUAAACCCUAAACUAACGACAUUAAAUCCUAAACCCUAAAAAGUAAACUCUAAACUCUAAACCCUUAAAAAUUUACCCUAAACCAUAAAACAUCAACUAUAAACCCUAAACCUUCAACUCUUAACCUUAAACCCUAAACCUUCAACUCUAAACCCUAAAAUCCUAGAGUUGACGUUUUAGGGUUUAGAUUUGAAGGUUUAGGGUUUAGGGUUUAUGUUUAGGGUUUAGAGUUGAUGUUUUAGGGUUUAGAUUUGAAGGUUUAGGGUUUAGGGUUCAAAUUUCAGAAAAUAUAGGGUUUAGGGUUUACGUUUAAGGUUUAGAGUUGAUGUUUUAGGGUUUAGAUUUGAAGGUUUAAGGUUUAGGGUUUAGAGUUGAUGUUUCAGUGUUUAGUUUUAAAGUUGAUGAUUUAGUGUUUAGAGUUCAUGUUUUAAGUUUAUAUUAGGUGAUUGCCCGCACUUACGGGCUUAAUAAUCUUACAAAUAUUUGUAAAUAGAUGUAUUAAUAAGUCUUUAUAUAGGAUAAAGUUUUUUCUAUUUAAUAAAAUAUAUUUUAUUACAUAAAAUAAACUUGAAAACAUUCAUAUAUAUACAUAAAACUUUAUAUAUGGAUUUAUUUUUAUUUUUAAAAUAUUAUGAUGUAAAUAUUUUUGGAUAACAUAAUAUAAAAUCUUUUUAAUUUAUAGUAAUUAUAUAUUAACAAAUUAAUAUAAUAUUAUUAUUUAUUAAGGGUAAUGAAGACCUUAAAUACUCUAACUUUCAACGGGAGAUCAAAAAAAUCACUUCGUAAAUAAUCUAUAAAUAUUUUCGAAUCUUUGCCAACUUUUGUCAAAAAUUAUCAAAAUGAGUGAUUUUGAUAAUCCUAAUAAAUUUAUCUUAAAAGAUAGAUGAUUCAUCCUAUCUUAUAUGAUAUAUAUACUAAAAUUAGAACCGGUUUAAUAUUACUAAACCAAAUAUAAUGUAAACAAAUAUAUAAUAUUUUAAUAUUAUUACACUAAAUAUAAUAUAAAUUUAACUAUGAUAACAUUGUCACAAUCUUUUUUAUUACUUUGAAGAUAAGAAUAAAUUAUCAGGUAAAUUACUAAAAAUAUUUAUUAAAAUUAAUAAUUGAGCAUAAAAUAUAACUAAACCUAAUCCAAUGUGUAUAUCCUCAUAUCCAGUGAAUGAGAAAUAUGUUUUCAAGCAACUUAAAUAUAAUCAUGAUUCACUAAAUACGGUUUAAAGAAGUAUCUAUUAUAUUAAAACAGAAGUCACAACUUCUCUUCAUGUGUGAUUUUUUUUUUUAAAUGGACAUUCCCUAGAAAAUUAUAUUUCAUUUAAUUCUAAUUAACAUUAUGACAUCAUUAAGAUAUCACAUCUUAAAUAAUUGACAUAUAUAACAACUCACCUAUAAAAUUGUCUUAUUUUUUAAUUAUAAAAAUAUGUUGAGAAAAAAAUCUACAAAAUCUUAUUAGAUAUUUUAAAUAUUAUUAUAAAAUGAAUCAUUGAUUAAUUUCGUGAUUAGUACUCUAAUAUUAUUAUAAAUUAAUGUUAGUUAAGAUUUUAUUAUUAAAAAAAAUUGUAUACUAUUUUCUUAAAAUUUCUAACUAUAAUUUAUAUUAUCUAUUAAAAUAGAAAUAAUGAAUUCUUUCAUGUAUUGUUUUAUAAUUUGGACCAUCCUUUAAUUUUUUUAUUAAAUAUAUUUUAUUAAGACUAAUAAUAUAUAGAAUCUUUGAACUACGUUAAUCACAAUAUCUUUUGAUAUCUUUUCAUUCUAAAUAUAAAUAUAUAUUUUAAAAUUUCUAACAAGUAGAUAUGUUUAAAAGAUUUUAACAAGAUCUUAAUUCAAAAACAUUGUAUGUAAAUAUUUUCAUUAAUUUUGAAAUUAGUUAUGAAAUAAUAUUAUACAUUAUAUAUUUUAUAAUAUUAAAAAUAUAAAUUCUAUAAUUUUAUCAAUUAUAUAAUCAUAAUCAAUCAUUUUAAGAGAAAUUAUUGAUUAUUAUAUUAUGAUAAAUAUGAUUAAAUUAUAUUAAAUUGUUAAAUUUAUAUAUUUUAAUUUUUGUAAGUAUUUAUAUUCGAAAUUUAAUAUGUAUGUAACAAGUGUUAAUAUUAGAAAAGUAAAUAAUACACGUAUAUAAAUUAACAUGUAUUUAUCAAAGUUAAUAAUACAAAUCAUUUAUGCAUGAUAUCUUUUUAUUUUAAAUAUAAAUAUAAAUAAAUAUAUGCAUAUAUAUAUAUAUAAUUUGUUUAACAAAUCUUUUGAAAAUAUUAUAACGUUAUCUUAAUUUUCAAAAUUUUAUGUAAAUAUUUCAACUAAUUUCGUAAUUAGCAAUGAACUAUUAUUAUGCAUUAAUAUAUACAUAUUUAGUUAUCAUUUAUAAAAUAAAAACAGUUUUUAUAAGUAUAAAAUAUUUAUGCUAAAAAUAUAAUACGAUGAUAUAACGGCUUAACAUUCAAAAACUAUAUAAAACAUGUAUAAAAAUCGACAUAUCUUAGACUUUUGUAUAUAUAAUAAUAUAUUAUGUGAAAUAAAUAAAUUUAAAAAUAUUGCUAAUAAAAAACUUAGUUUUGAAGGUCGAUGGGUCAAAACUGAAUAUAAAAUAAUACAAAAAUAAUAUUUAAUAUGUUUUUUAAUGCAUAUAUUAAUUUGUUAAAUAAAUAUAUAUACCAUAAAUGAUGUAAAAAAAUAUUUAUGUAUAUAAAAUGAAAAUAAACACCCGCACAAUUAAAUAAAUAUAUAUACCAUAAAUGAUGUAAAAAAUAUUUAUGUAUAUAAAAUGAAAAUAAACACCCGCACGGUUGUGCGAGUCGAAAGCCGUGCGGAUCGAAAUCUAGUUGGCUUUAAGUUACAAAAAAAAGUAUUGGAUUUCCAUUUUAUUUUAAAAUCAUGAAACGUUAACCUAUAACUUUCUUCAACAUGUCAAUAUGAAAUUUUUUGAUGGUCAAUUGGUCAUCCAAUCACUUUCAUUCAAUUCACUGGAUAUAGUAAACAUCAGCAAUUGUUUUUAAUGCCAUCAGCAAUAUUCCUCUUUAAUUUCUGAUCUUUCUUCUCACCGUGUACUAUUAGAAAACAAUCAAUAUUUCAAAACUUUAUAAUAUAAUAGUAUAACUAACUAUUAAAUUUCAAGAGUCAAAGAACAUGUCAAUACGUAUUGAAAAAUCAAGGGUUUCAAAAUAGUCAAUGAACAUCAAUAUGUAUUGCAAAAUCAAAGGUUUCAUUAUGUCCAUCAAUGAACAGCAAAUACGUGUAUUCAUGUAUCUACUGACGCUAACAUCCACCAAUACAAAAUCAAGGGUAUCAUUAUAUUAUGUCCCUUAGCAUGGUUAAACUUUUGUAAUAGUUUAAAGCAGAUUUUCCAUAUAAACUUAAAGUCAAAUAUUAUAUAAUCAGCAAAAUCAGACAUUAUGCAUUUAGUUUACAAUAAAUAAAAUAAUAUCAAAUAUUUAUAUAGAUGAUGAUUUUUAAGUUUUAAAUAAUAAUAUAGAUCCAUUAUUCAAACUAAUGAUUCAAUUAAAAUAAUUAAAAUAUGACAAAUAAAAAAAAUUAUUAACUAAAAUUAUUGAAAACAUGAUAAAUAAUCAAAAUAUCCUAAAAUCAUGGAGAACAUGACAAAUAAGUCAAAUCACUUUUCAAAUAAUAGUAUAGAUGUAUAUUUGUAAUUCACUUAUAUAUUACGUAUGAUGUUGAUACUUUUUGCGGUAUACGGCAGACUAUCCACAUAUAAUCUCAAAUCUAAAAAAAAAGACAAGAAUCACACACCUACAAGAUCUUCUUUUACAGUUGGGAAAUUUGAGUUGUAUACGGUCAAUAUAACAAAUUUCUUUGUCAUUGAUUUGAAGAGUGAGAUGUACUAUUGGUUAAUGAUGUGAAAAUUGAUCGUAUGGAAUGAGGAUUGAGUGCUAAUGGGUAAAGAUGAUCGUAAAGAGUAACGAAUCCAAUCACACACCUACAAGAUCUUUCUUUUACAGUUGGAAAAUUUGAGUUGUAUGACCAAAGUGUGUAGUUAAUUAGGUUCAGAUAUUAGAUUAUCUAUUUUUUUUUAAAUCAAAAUGAAAGUCAAAAGUUAUGAAAAUCUUUUUUCCUUCUAAAUUAUAAACUUAAUAUAUGGAUGUAUAUCUUACAUAAUGCAUCCGUGAUUUUUUUUAUCAAAAUAUUAAAUUACAAUUUUUUCUUUAUGAAAAUUUACUUAUUUAAACAAAUUAAAAAUUACUAUCUACACAUUUCUUGUGGACAUGCAUCCAAUUUAUGAUUUCCAAGUAUAUUAUUAAAUCGAGAAAGAAUUAAAUGUUGCUUUUCAAAAAAUUGAUUACCGUGAGAUAUAUUACAUCUUUUUAUAGAUUGGAGUAGUGCAUGCUUAAAGUUAUAUAAAGAGAUGGAGCUGUCAAAUGUAAUGACCCAAAAAAAAAGGAGAGAUAGGUAGAUCUUUCCUAGUUUCUAAAAUGUCCCAAGUAGUGAGUUGUGGUGAGAUGGAACCAAGCAGGUGGUCAAAACUUCCUUCAGAUCUCAUGCAGUUGGUUUUAGAACGUCUUGGUUUUGCAGAUUUUCAAAGGGCUAAAUCUGUUUGUUCAUCUUGGCACUAUGCAUCCAAACAAACUUCACCAAACAAUCAAAACCCUUGGUUGAUUCUAUUUCCAGAAGAAGGUAAAGAUUGCUGCCUCUUGUUUGAUCCCGAGGAAAAAGAUGACAAGUUAUAUAGAAUUCAAAAUCUAGGGGUCAACUUUGCAAAUAGUAAUUGUUUGGUUACAUAUGGAAGUUGGCUCUUGAUGCAAGACGAUCAUCAAUACAAUUUAUUAUACAUUUUGAAUAUAUUCACCUGUGAGAAGAUAGAUCUGCCUUCCAUGAAGUCUCAACUUAGUAUUGCAGAGACUGAAGAUGAUAUGUUUCUUGUAAGAUUAGAUAACAACAAAGAUGUUCUAUUCUGGUUUGACGAGAAAACCAAAGAUUAUGUGGUUAUAUGGAUAAUCCAACCAAGAUUUUUGGUUUAUUCCAGAAAGAGUGAUAAAUAUUGGAAACGAAUUGAGCUUUUCAACUUUAAUUUUGACAUGGUAUACAAAGAUCAUAGACUUUACUUGUAUACUAGCUCUCGUGAUGUCAAAGUCUUGGAUUUUUCACAAGAUAUCCCGCGACAAGUAUUUGAGACGCAAGUUAACUAUGAUUAUUCGAGAAAGCCAGAGGAUGUUUUCUACUAUGAUGCUCCUCUUCAUGUAUGUAGGAAGAUCAAGACUGAAAAUCUUGUAGUCAGAGUGACUGGUGAAGUUCUGAGGGUUAAGAGCAUAGUUUUGUGCAAUUCUGACUUUUGGUACUUCCGCAUCUACAAGAUGAAUUCAUCAAAUAGCGACUCUAAGUGGGAGACACUUGAUUCUUUGGGAGAGGAAGAAGCAAUAUUUUUGGAUCUUGGUAUCACAGUUACGCUUGCCAACACCAUCCAAGGAGUCAAUGGAAACUCAAUAUAUUUCAGCGGCAAUCAUAAUAAUUAUUGUGAUUCUGAUUUGGGUCAUUUUUGGAGUAAAAAAGAUAUACUUAUCUUCAAUCUUGGCACUCAAGAAAUCGAAAGACCACAUCCAAGUAUCUUUCCGUUCAUUCAAUUAUCUAAUGCUCGAUGGUUUAAAUAUCUUUUGAUCAAAUAAUUAAAUAAUAUUUUAAAAUAACAUAAUACUAUAUGCUUUAACGAGGUAGAUGUAUUAUAUUUUAUCAUUAUUAAAAUUAUUUGUUUUCAUAUUAAAUUUGGUUUUAAAUUUUAUGUUUUUAUGUUUGUGGAACUUAAUAUGAUGUAAUUACAAUACCAAAGCAAAUCUGAAUUCUCAUUUUUAAGAUUAUUUAAAAUAAAUUUGAGUUUACCAUUUAAUAAAUGUAAGGCAUAAAAUUAAUUAGAAUUUAAAAAAUAUUUUAAUUAUUGUAAA